AUGGCUUCUCCAUUGUUCGGCUCCACCAGCAGACGCCACGGUGACUUCUCUUUCUUGACACUGUCCACUCAAGGCAUCUCGCCUUUUGUGGGUGGUGGUGAACGCGGAGAGAACGCUGUGAAGGCCUCGGGCCCGCCGCGAGAGUACAAGGUAGUGGGGCGCUGCCUGCGCACCCGCAAGUGCCUCUCAUCGCCCCUCUACCGCAUGCGCGUCUUUGCACUCAACCACGUCAUUGCCAAGUCUCCCUUCUGGUACUUUGUGUCUCAGCUGAAGAAAAUGAAGAAAUAUUCAUGGGAAAUCGUCUACUGUGCGCAGAUGUUCGACAAAUUCCCGCUUCGGGUGAAGAACUUUGGUCUCAGCCUGUGCCACGACUCCUGCAGCGGGACCCACAACAGAUACGGGGAGCACCGGGGCCGGACCAUCGCAGGCACCCUCACCCAGUGCUGCCCAGACAUGGGGGCCCGGCACCGUGCCCGCGCCCACUCAGUCCAGAUCAAGAAGGUGGAGGAGAUCGAGGCCAGCAAGUGCCACCGACCAGCAGUCAAGCUGUUCCAUGACUCCAAGAUCAGGUUGCUGCCGUCUCACCGGGUCCUUCGUCGCCCGCCCAAGCCACGCUUCACCCCCAAGAGGCCCAACACCUUCUUUUAG